GGUACAUGAACUCCAUAGUCCGUCCAUACAAAUACAAAAUCAUCAUAGAGAGGACCUCUCAUCCUCCUCCUCCUCCUCCUCUCUGUUCUUUUGUGCUUGAACUGAAUCUUCUUCCCGUUUCUUAAUUCUACCUUCUUGCUGCCUUUAUGUUACUUCCACUUGCUGCUGGUUUUGCAGCAUGGUUUUUGGCUUCUUAAUGUGAAAAAACACUCACUUUUUCACCUUUGAAAGUCAAUUCGGGUGUGUGUAUCUUUAACCUCAGAGCUCUCAAGUUUCUUGAGAGGAGAAUAAAAAACCAGACAAAAAAAAAAAAAAAGAUCAUCUAUUUUUUACAAGAAAACGAGAAAUGUAUGCUGAGACUGGCCUAAUGUUUCCUUAUUUUCAGAACUUCUCAUCUGAUGUUCAACAAUUUGAUGAUUUCUGUCACUCACAGAAGUCUAUUACUUGCUUGGAUAACCUAAUUCAGACCUCCACUAUAUCAGAUUAUGAUCUUGGGGGCGAAGGGGAUCUUUUCAAAGCACCUGAACCUAUAAUUGAACAGCCAUUAAUCAGCCUUGAUCCUAUGACAUCUGCAAUUGCAAUGAUCACUUGUGGAGAAGACACCAUUUCCCCCCAAGAACUCAAAGUUACAGAUAUCGAAUCACUGCAGAACGAAGAGUUUCUGAAUGACGUUUUCUAUGAAUGUAAAAACAUCUUGGCUCAAGAAGCAGCAGCAGCAGCAACUGAAUCAUCACCAUUAUCUGAAGUCCUAAGUUUCAGUUUCCCAGUGGUUGCAACAGAUGAAAACACGGUUGCAAAGGAGAACGUCCAUCCAUCAUGUCAAAUCCCAAAAAGCAUGAGCGCUGAUAGUUUAAACUCAAUGGAUUGGAUUCAAGGGGCUCAAAUUAAGCCAAGUUUUCUGAAUUUCAGUGAAUUGGAUUUUGGGAAUGCUUAUGGUAUGCGAAGGGCUUUCAGUGAUGGAGACAUAAAGACCCUUGCGGAUGCAAACACCAACACAGGACUGAUUCAAUAUCCCCUUGGGCUUGGACAGCAGCAGCAGCCACCACUAAUCAGUGAGCGUGCCAUUGAAGACCGUAUGCAAAAGCUCUCAAGAUACAGGAACAAGAAAACAAAGAGGAAUUUUGGCAGAAAAAUCAAGUAUGCUUGCAGGAAGGCUUUGGCGGACAGUCAGCCAAGGAUCAGAGGAAGGUUUGCAAAAACAGAUGAAUCUGAGAUGUUGAGAAAGUAGUGAAGAAGAUAUAUAUAUAUAGAGAACAUCAGCAUGUAGAAAUUAUCAAUAGAUGAAAUGAAGAGAAGAAAAUUAUUGUGGUAGCUUUACAAUGCCAAUGCCACCCUCCCCCAGUGGUCAAAGUCAGAGUGAGUAGUAGGGUUUGCUAAAUAAGGAAAGUAGCUAGCUAGCAAGAGAGCCUCUCGAUCAUAAUCAUCAUCUCUUAUUAUUUGUAAUAAUCUUUUAAUUAUAGUCCCCGUAAUGCUCGCUCAACUUGUCUUGUAUAUAAAGUAUUUGUUGAAUAACUUGUUUUAAUUUAAA